AUGCGGCUUAGUUCCGGGGCAUUUUUGCUUUUGCAAAGCGAUGCGUUCAAGAUUUCAAACUUGAAUGCUGAGAAUUUGGACUUUCAGAUCGAGUUUGAUUCUGGAGCCCAUUUAGCUUACGAUAUUUUGAAAAACGAAGAUGCUUUCGUCUAUUCCGACGGAGUCCGCUACUCCGUUGCCGAUGGAAAUCUCCUGCCCGUCGACUUCAAGUCCCUUCCUGCUCAAACUGACAAGCUCGGCGAUUUCGACAUGAACAUUUGGACUUGGAAAUUUGGCCCCGAGGAGAACAUCAUGAUGACCGUGAUGAAAAACUACUUCGAAACCGAAGCGCUCAUUUUUGAAACUCAUUUGCCCCGUGGAGUUGAAAACUCUUCAGCUGGAAGAAAAGAUACUUCUUGCACCGGCUGGCCUGCGCUGAAAGUGAAUGAAGACAACGACGAUAUUGGCUUUACGACUCCAGGGGGCAAUGUCAUGGGCUGGACGAUGAUGGCAGCGGGCAAGUACAAACUCGAUGAACUCAGGGUUGCUCCUCUCGAGGGAAGAUUCAUGGCUGACCGCCAGGGAGGCAUUACUUUGCUUUACGGAGGAGAUUCGCACCAAAUGGACGCGGUGAUUCUCUCGCCAUUCAAUGAGUUUAUGACUCAGCACAACGUAUUAGAUAUGGACAGAGGCCAGCUUUACUUUGGAAUCCAGGGCGAUGUGAAAUCGAUUCCCGCUGGAUUUGUCGCUUCGUCGAUCAUCGUCGGUUCUCGUUGGGGAAUCAGAGAUGCAAUUGACGAUUGGGGCUUGGUCAUGCGAACUUGGUACGAUCGAACAGAAGCGUUUCGCCAUUCCGAUAUUUUCAACACCCAUCUUGGCUACAACACCAACGCCGGGGCCUACUACUACUACAACACGGAGGGAGACAUGAAUUACGAAGACACGAUGGCGUUUGCUGCCGAUUAUUUCCGAGCUGAUGACAUUCCCAUUCGAUGGAUGCAGUACGACUCCUGGUUUUACGAGAAAGGAAGAGGAGCUGGAGUUAAAACUUGGAUUCCAACCGAGAAGAAGUUUCCUUCAGGGCCUCAAGCUGCGUACCACAAGCAUGGGCACCAACUUCAAUGUCAUAACAGAUGGUGGGCACCAGACAAUACUUAUGCUAAGCAAAAUGGUGGCGAAUAUGACUUCAUAAUCGAACCGGACGGUGUCACCGUUCCCGGCCCAAUCGAAAUCGAAGUCGAGGGUCCAAACGGCUUUCCGAUCACCAUCCCGAUUCUCGACGAAAAUGGCUACACCAAGGGCCCAUUUUCCCUCCCCAACGAUGAUCGCUUCUGGAUGGACUUUUUCAAAGACGUCAAGACCUGGGGCGUCGAGUCGUAUCUUCAAGAUUGGAUGAUGGACACGUAUCUCUUCAUGAACGCGACGCAGGAGUCCGUCGAUUUCGCUCGAAACUGGCUCGUCAACAUGGGCCACGCUGCCGACGCCCACGAUAUCAACAUUCAGUACUGCCUGACUCUCACUCGCUGCGGCCUCCAAGCUCUGGAAAUUCCGCGAGUCACGCAAGUCCGCGUUUCUGCCGACUACGCAUACAACUUCGCCCAGUGGACAAUCGGCCUCACCUCGUUGAUUGCAGACAAUCUGGGAAUGGCGCCGCAUAAGGACACCUUCUAUACAGUCAGAGAAAUGCCGGAUAAUAACAAUUUCGCGCCUGAAAAUUAUCCCGAUUUGCAUUCUGCUGUAGCUACUCUCAGUACCGGUCCAGUGACUUUCGGAGACAAGCCUGGAACAAGCAACUAUGAUGUCCUCCUCCGAUGUUGCCGAAAAGACGGAAAGAUUCUAAAGCCAAGUCGGCCACUGACGGCGAUCGAUGCGCAAAUCCGAUCCAUGGGUGUUGAUAUCGCUCACGGAACAGGAGCUGCCACGGGUUUUAAUGGAACUGUUGUCGGUAACUCUUGGAAUUCUCAGGGUCAAGUUUGGACGACCUAUUCGGACAUUUCCGGCUACAAAUUCGGAAUCAUCUUCAACGGCAUCCUCACCGACGACUAUCAAAUCUUCGACUGGGAGUGCAAUUUCCCCACUCAAAACACAUAUGUCUACAAAGAGUGGCCAGAGAGACAGGAGCUUGGUGAAAAUGCUUUCCCCGUGACUUUGUCGUCUGACGAAAAAUGGGGUCUGCAUCAUGUCUCGCCUGUUAUAAGGGUUGAUAAUUACAACGUCGUGAUAAUUGGGGAACAGGGAAAAUGGGCCCGAAUGUCCCCACAACGAGUCACGCGCAUCCAAAACUACCAGUUCUUCCUUCUCCUCGAACUCGACGGAUCCCCCGGCGAAGAAAUCUUCUUCAACUUCUUGAUCUGGCGUGACGGCGAAGAGCCCCGACCGCUGAUCGGAGAGGUGACUUUCGGCUCGAACUUGAAGGCGUCGCUGAAAAUCGAAAAUGGCCGCUUGUCAGUUUCUUACUAA